AUGACUGAGAGAGUGCUUGACCAGGAAAAGGCUAUUUCUCAGCUCCUGAAGGCAGACAAGAAGACAAGGCAUUUGGUGCCAUCAUGGCAAGACAUUGAUGUGAUGGAGUCUGUGAAGAAGGCACUGAGUCCACUAAGAGACUUUGCUGAUGCACUCUCAGGUGAGGACUAUGCGAGUGUGUCCUAUGCAAGGCCAGUGCUUCACCUGUUGAAAGUCAACAUCUUGAACCUGAAUGACAACGACACUGAACUAAGAAAAACAAUGAAGACAACCGUUCUUGACUACCUCACUGCCAAAUAUCAGGAUCCCAUCAUUGAUGACAUGUUAGAUAUGGCUUUGCUUGUUGAUCCAAGGUUCAAAACCCAAUACACUGACAGCAACAUGACAGACGGAAUACAAUCCAGAGCUGUGUCUGAGCUGGAGUCCCUGCUGACCAUACAAGCCCAGCAUCCAGCAGCACCGGCUCAACCUACCUCUAUCUCCACAUCACAGAGCCCUGAGGCAGAACAAAAACCACUAAAGAAAGCAGAGAAAACACUGGCCAGCUUUUUGAAAAACUCAGGUGCUGUAACUGCAGCCUCAGCCAGAUCUGCUUCUCCAUCUCUAAAAGAGGCAAUAGAUGGGGAAUUGAACGCCUACCUGUCCACACCAAAUGCAGACAAAGUGGGAUUCGAACCCACGCCUCCACGGGAGAAACGCUAUCUUCUGGAGCUACAGAAUCUACGUGAGUCCAUCUUGCAAGCGGUCCGUCCAUCCGAAGAGACAAGCGAUGCCGGCAGUCCACGGAUGGACCUCCCAACGCCGGGCCCUCGCAGAGGUACAGCUCACCAGAGAGACAGGACCUCUGUGUCAGACUCACCAACAGUCCUGGGACCCAGCAACCAGCCAACGCUACGAACAGAGCCGAAGUUACCAGUCUUCCAGCAGGGGGAAGACAUUGAGAACUUCUUGCGUCGGUUUGAGCGUCUUGCUAGAACCUGGAGGUGGCCAGAGAAUGAGUGGAGUUAUCGUCUUGUUCCACUGUUAACCGGGCCAGCGCUAGAGGCUUACCUGGCUAUGGAUGAGGACAGAGCAGAGAACUACGCCGACCUAAAGGAGGCUCUGCUGGAGAAAUUCAACAUCUCUCCAGAGACCUACCGUCAGCGGUUCCGUGCUGCUUCUACUCCAGCUGGGGAAUCACCAACUGAGACCUACCAUCGGUUGCGGAACUUGUACCGUCGUUGGGUGAGGCCUGAGCUGCAUACAAAGGAGGAAAUCGGUGAGACGAUUGUCUUAGAACAGCUACUCCGUGUUCUUCCACAUGAGAUCAGAGUGUGGGUGAAGGAACAUGAGCCCAACACUGGACUUGAUGCUGCAAAACUGGCUCAGCAGUACAUCAAUGCUCACCGUGGGAGUCAGCGCUCUCAACCCAUGAAAGGUAACUUUAAAAAUGCUCCCAGUGGCUUUGAGGAACCUCAGGGUGGCUUAAACGUAACUCAUGGACAGAAAGUAGCUCCUGAAAAAAGACUUGUCUGUUUUUAUUGUCAACAACCAGGCCACAAAGCGACAGUGUGUCCAGUUCGUAAAUCCAAACUAACUGGCUUUUGCUAUGUUCCAAGAGAGGGGGACAUUGAGGAGGACAAUGCACGUAGGACACAAUAUGUUCAAGUGACUGUAAAUGGACAAUGUUUAAAUGCUCUGUUGGACACUGGUAGCUCGGUAUCAUUACUUAAAAGAAGUCAUAUGCCACAUGUUCCAUUUGUUAAGCUGGUCACUGUACAAUGUGUUCAUGGGGAUGUAAAGCAGUACCCUCAAACCGAUGUUAAUGUAUGUGUACAAGAUCAGAUUUAUAUGUUGAAUGUGGCUAUUGUGGACGAUUUACCUGCUGACAUGAUUUUGGGGAGAGAUUUGCCAGUGCUUAUGGAACUGUUACAAUCGGGGAGAGACUGUGUAAAUACUUCUGCCAAGGUCAAUGUUGCUUGUCCUGUUGUGACACGGGCCCAGGUUAAAGCAGGUCUGCAGCCAUUGCCAGACUUCCACCAUAGUCUGUUGCAAGGUGGGACUAAAGGCCCCAGAAAGACACGUCGUCAACGACGACUAGAGAAAGGUCUCGGUGCCCCGGCUCCUAAGAUCCAAACUGAGGGUCUUGAAGUUCAUGGCUGGAAGGUCCCGGAGAAUAUUGCAAAAUUACAGAGAGCUGAUGUAUCCUUAAAACUACUGUUUGAUAAAGCGUUUAAGGGGAACCAAGCUGACUUGUGUGGGGAAAAGUAUGUAGUCAUUAAUGAUGUACUGUAUAUGCAAACCCCUGACUUCACCUGUUUGGUUGUACCUACAUGUUGCCGUCCUGUUGUUUUACACCUAGCACACAGUAUUCCCUGGGCAGGUCAUAUGGCACUUCAUAAAACAUAUGCUCGCAUAAGCUCACGAUUUAUUUGGCCCUCCAUGUACACUGAUGUUCAGAAUUACUGCACCACAUGCCCCACAUGCCAAAAAACCAGUGCUGUGCGUCGACAGGAUAGGGCACCCUUACGUUCUCUACCUGUGAUAUCUGUCCCUUUCCAGCGUAUCGCCAUGGACAUUGUGGGACCCCUGGAGAAGAGCAGUGCCGGGCAUCAAUACAUCCUGGUCAUCAGCGAUUAUGCAACAAGGUAUCCUGAGGCGUUUCCUCUUCGGUCCAUUACUACACCCAAGAUUAUCAAUGCUCUCGUCCAGCUAUUCUCUAGAGUGGGGAUACCAGAGGAAAUCCUCACAGACCAGGGGACUAAUUUCACGUCACAGCUGAUGAAGCUUUUACAUCGGCAGCUAGGAAUUACUGCAAUCAAGACCAGCCCUUAUCACCCACAAACUGACGGACUAGUGGAAAGGUUUAAUCAAACACUAAAGAACAUGCUUCGCAAGUUCGUGUCUGAUACUGGAAGGGACUGGGACAAGUGGCUGCCAUUUCUGCUGUUCGCCUACAGGGAGGUACCCCAAGCAUCGACGGGCUUUUCCCCAUUUGAGCUUCUGUAUGGAUGGGAGGUCCAAGGCCCGCUAGACCUCCUGCGGAAGAGCUGGGAGGCCACAGCCUCGGAGAAGGCAACAAAGACAGAGAAAGGCAUUGUCCAGUACAUCUUGGAGAUGAGAGACCGCCUCGAGAGAUACCGGGAGAUGGCCCAAGAGAAUCUUCGGCAGGCACAAAAGGCACAAAAGACCUGGUAUGACCAACACGCCCGAUCCCGAGAACUGCAACCCGGACAGAAGGUAUUAUUACUGCUCCCAACAUCAACGAACAAGCUGUUAAUGAAGUGGCAGGGACCCUACAGUGUUGUUCGCAAGACUGGGCCAGUUACCUAUGAAAUUCAUCAUCCAGACAAAGGCAAGGCAUCACAAAUCUACCACAUUAAUCUGCUCAAAGAGUGGAAAGAGCCACCCAGCAAACCAAAGACAUCACUGAUGAUCCGUAAAGUCAAUGAGGAUGAAGAUGAGGACAACCUCGAAUCACAACCAAAAGGGCCAACACAGCCAUCAAGUGUCAAUCUGCAUCACUUGGAAGAAUUCAAACGGGCUGAGCUGCAAGAUCUCCUAAAUCAGUACCCCAUGUUGUUCCGUCAGAGGCCUGGGCGGACUAACCUGGUACAUCACAGAAUCCGGCUCCUUGAUGCAACACCUCAUCGACAGCGGCCGUAUAGAAUCCCUGAGAGACUGCUGGUGCCUCUAAAAGCGGAGAUUGAGACAAUGCUGGAGUUGGGAGUUAUAGAACCCUCUGACAGUGAAUGGAGUAGCCCAAUCGUGAUAGUCCCAAAGAGAGAUGAGACGCUGCGUAUCUGCAUUGACUUCAGAAAGCUGAAUGCUCAGUCACGAUUCGACGCAUACCCGAUGCCACGUAUUGAUGACCUUUUAGAGAGGAUUGGCCAAGCUAAGUACAUCACUACCUUGGACCUUUGCAAAGGAUACUGGCAAGUACCCCUAGAGGAGGCGUCCAAACCGUACACGGCAUUCAAGACUCCACUGGGGCUAUACCAGUUCACUGUUUUGCCUUUUGGGCUGCAUGGAGCACCAGCAACUUUCCAACGAUUAAUGGACCAAGUCCUCAGAGGAUGUGAAGAGUGGUCUGCUGCAUACCUGGACGACAUUGUCAUCCACAGUGCAAGCUGGGAAGACCAUUUGAAACACCUAAAAGUAACCCUGCAAAAGAUCGAACAAGCUGGCCUAACCUUAAAUGUGGCAAAAUGUGACUGGGCGAAGUUGGAGACAAAUUACCUUGGGUACAGCCUGGGGAACGGAGAGCUGAAACCUCAAGUGGAUAAAGUAGAGGCGGUUCGACACACCCCAAGACCAACAACAAAGAAGGAGGUUCGCUCGUUCCUGGGACUGGUGGGGUGGUAUAGGCGUUUCAUCCCCAAAUUCUCUACAACUGCUGUCCCAUUGACCAACCUGCUAUGCAAAAUGGUGAGAAACCCGAUUACCUGGACUGAGGAGUGUGAAGCGGCUUUCAACACCCUGAAGGAGCGGAUGUGUUCUGGCCUCAAAAGUCCAGACUUUACCAAGAGGUUCAUUGUCCAGGUGGAUGCCUCGGCUGUGGGAAUUGGGGCAGUCCUGACCCAGGAAGAUGCAGGAGAAGAGAGGCCUAUUGCAUUCCUGAGCAGGAAACUGCUACCAAGAGAAACCCGGUACUCCACAAUAGAGAAAGAAUGCCUGGCAAUCAAGUGGGCACUGGAGAGCCUCAGAUAUUACCUGCUAGGAAGGGAGUUCGUCCUGGAAACCGAUCACCGAGCCCUGACGUGGAUCCACACUAUGAAGGAUCACAACUCUCGGGUGACCAGAUGGUACCUCUCCCUACAGCCUUACAAAUUUAAAAUCAGACAUCGGCCUGGUCCCCAAAACAAGAUAGCCGACUACCUGUCUCGGUACCCGAUCAGUUCGCGGCCUGGAGAGGAGGGAGGUGAUGUGAGGAAGUGACCUGGCCCUGUUGACACACACACACAAACACACACACACACCUCAACAUACCUCAUUCUUCCUCC